AUGGGUAAAGUCCAUGGCUCACUUGCUCGAGCCGGUAAAGUUAAAUCUCAAACUCCUAAAGUUGAGAAGCAAGAAAAAAAAAAAAAGAAAACCGGUCGCGCAAAAAAAAGAAUUUUGUAUAAUCGUCGAUUUGUCAACGUAGCUAAUAUUGGAAAACGAAGGAUGAAUCCUGCUCCAACGUCAGAUAAACCUUAA